AUUAUAAUUCUUAUUAAAUAUUACUGAAGCAAAUACAAAUUUAAUAAACUGUGGUGUCUCUUGUUCCAUCUUUUUGCUCUUUUUUCUCUCUCCUAAACCAUCUUUAAAUUCCUUAUAACAUUUCCACUCUGUCCCAAAUCAAAUAAAGGAAGGAAUUAUUAAAGCCCACACCCGAGUAUUAGAAAACAGAAAAAUAGUGCUGCCGUAUAACUGAUCUUGUCAGCUCAUCGGCUAUGGCCAUGGCUGUAGACAUGGACAUGAUCAUGGAAGACGGUCUUGAGCUAGAUUUAUCUGGUUAUAGCACCACAACCACUACUACUACUACUUCUACAACCAAUACGACUAGCCCAGAAGAUUAUGAUCAUGGCUGCGCCUGGAACGCAUGGUCCCCAGUCGUGGACUGGAGCACCCUCACAGGUGGCCAUGACAGUUUCCACGACUUAAUAGAAUCCAUGAUGGAAAGCGAAGGAGAAGAUGCAGAUGGCGAACUCAAUUCGUUUUCACCGUCAACUAAGAUAGUUGCUAAUGAAGAUGAGUAUUAUUCGGCCAGUGAUGACAGUAUUACUAGUCCUACUGUAUUGGUGGAAAAUGAUGAUAAGGGAUUAAGAUUAAUCCACUUAUUGAUGGCGGCCGCUGAAGCACUCGGCGGUGCCAGCAAGAGCCGGGAUCUGGCUCGAGUGAUAUUGGUUCGGCUCAAGGAAUUGGUCUCCCCCACGGGAGGGACAAACAUAGAGAGGCUCGCCUCUCAAUUUACUGACGCUCUUCAACACAUACUGGAUGGGGCCAUGGGGUCCUCAAGUAGUAGUUCUCACGCCAAUAAUAAACAUUUCUUAAACAAUCAUCACGGAGGAGAUAACGACCACCAGAACGACAUCGUUGCAGCGUUUCAGUUGCUUCAAGACAUGUCUCCUUACGUUAAGUUCGGCCACUUCACUGCUAAUCAGGCCAUUCUUGAGGCAGUGGCUCACGACCGUAGGAUCCAUAUAGUUGAUUAUGAUAUCAUGGAAGGGAUUCAAUGGGCCUCCCUUAUGCAAGCCCUAGUGUCCCGUAAGGAAGGCCCACCGGGCCCACAUCUAAGGAUCACAGCUUUAUCCAGGGCUGGCGGUGGCCGGAGAUCGAUUGGGACAGUACAAGAGACAGGUCGACGGUUAGUGGCUUUCGCGGCUUCGAUUGGUCAACCAUUCUCGUUCCACCAAUGCAGGCUUGAUUCCGACGAGGCUUUCCGGCCGGAGGCGUUGAAAUCGGUGAAGGGAGAAUCUCUUGUGAUGAACUGCAUGCUUAACCUCCCUCACUUCAGUUACCGUUCGCCGGAGUCGGUGGCUUCGUUUUUAACCGGAUCCAAAUGGCUGAACCCUAGGCUGAUUGCCUUAGUGGAAGAGGAGGCUUGUCCAGUACCGGCGGCGGCGGUGGCACCCGGUGGAGAAGGUGCUUUCGUGGCGAGGUUUAUGGAUUUGUUGUAUCAGUACUCGGCAGUGUACGACUCGUUGGAGGCGAGUUUCCCGAUGCAGAGCCGGGCAAGGGGUUUGGUGGAGCGGGUUUUCUUGGGGCCCAGAAUUACCGGGUCAUUGGGUCGGAUUUACAGGGCUCGUGGAGAGGAGCGCAGCUCGUGGGGGGAGUGGUUGUGUGCGGCAGGGUUUAAAUCAUUAACGGUGAGUUCCGCCAAUAUAUGCCAAGCGAAGCUGUUACUGGGAUUAUUCAAUGACGGGUAUAGAGUUGAGGAACUGGCGAGGAAUAGACUCGUUUUGGGAUGGAAAUCGCGGCGUUUGCUAUCGGCUUCUCUUUGGACCUCGUCUCCAUCAUCCAAUUUUUCUGAUUAAUUAAAUCAUUUUGUAAAUUACUUUUUUAUUCUUCAUCAUCAUCAUCAUCAUCAUCAUAGGUACUCUGAAUAAUUAUUAUUUGAUAAUUUUUAAUUUGGCCCAAUGAAAGAUGGUUUUUCAUCAUAUAUUUGAUGACAAAACUUAAGUCAAAACCUCAAAAUGUUGGCUAAAAAAAAAAAAGAAACCAAGGCUAGCUUUGUUAAUGUUUUCGUUUCCUAA